GCUGUGGCUUGUUUUGUGAAUCGACCGGGUGACAUAACCCCCAACGUUUUGCUUAAUAAUACUUAAAACAAACUCAAACUGAAAUAAAAAUGUCUAACUUUAAAUAUAGCGAGCUUAUUAAGCUCGGCACACAGUAUGCGCGUCGUAUGAAUUAUCUGUCGAAUCGCAUAUUUGGCGAGGUGGCGCGCACUACAAACGACAAGUCAAUGAAGGUUGUACGCAUGUUCUCAGAGGAGCCCAUACAUAAACGAGACUAUGUGGUCAACUGGUAUCCCCGACAUGUAGAAACCCAUUUGUUGAUGAAAAAUUUGCGGGAUUAUGGACUGUUCCGCGAUGAGCACCAGGAUUUCAAGGAAGAGAUGAAGCGUUUGCGGAAACUGCGUGGCAAAGCGGCGCCCAAGAAGGGCGAGGGUAAACGAUCAACUAAGAAAUAGAAAAUAGACGCACUAAAAAUCAUUUCAUUUGCCUUUUUUU